AUGAAUCCGUUUCUCAUAGAAAGCGAUCCUUCACCAUCAACACCAAAACCGAUUGAAGGAUUGCACGAGGUCGGUCCACCUCCGUUUCUGAUAAAGACAUUCGAGAUUGUGGAGGACCCAAACACAGACCACAUCGUAUCUUGGAACAGAGGAGGCACUAGUUUUGUCGUCUGGGAUUUGCAUUCUUUCUCUACCAUUCUCCUCCCUCGACAUUUCAAACACAGCAAUUUCUCAAGUUUCAUCAGACAGCUCAACACUUAUGGUUUCAGAAAGAUUGAAGCAGAGAGAUGGGAAUUUGCAAACGAAGGGUUCUUGUUCGCACAGAGACAUCUACUGAAGAGCAUCAAGAGAAGAACGUCUUCUUUCGCUUUAUCAACUCCGUCAAGUUAUGACCCUUGCGUGGAGCUUCGGAGGGAGAAGCAUUUGUUGAUGAUGGAGCUAGUGAGUCUGAGGCAGCAGCAACAAACGACGAUCAGCUACGUCAAAGCUAUGGAACAGAGGAUAGAAGGAGCAGAGAGGAAACAGAGACAGAUGAUGUCUUUCUUGGCUAGAGCAAUGAAGAGCCCUACGUUUUUGCAUCAGUUGCUAAAACAGAGAGAUAAACGGAUAAAAGAGCUUGAAGAUGAGGCGGCGAAGAGGGAAAGAGGCUCAUCGAUGUCGGAACUGGAGGCUUUGGCUCUGGAGAUGCAAGGGUUUGGAAAACAGAGGAAUAUGAAGGAAGAAGAGGAUCAUUUGGUGGUUGAGAGAGAAUUAGACGAUGGUUUCUGGGAAGAGUUGCUUAGUGAUGAGAGUUUGGCUUCCACUUCAAGCUAG